UCUCCCUCUCUCUGCUAUUUUCUUUCAUAUCUUCUUGUAUGUAAGUUUGUAAAUAUAUAAUUCCAAAGUCUCUAGCAAUUGGUGCUCCAGUCAAUAGAAUCUUCCUCCUAAGACACCCAAUUAAAACUUCGGUAUUGUGUCUCGAUCUGCAGACUUUUAAUAUGAAUACAUUCUAGGUAAUCUUCAGGUAAGAGCCUUCCUAGCUAGCUCAUUCAUUUACUUUCACUCAUGUUGAUACAUACCUAUGCAGCAGCAGUAGCAGAUUGACAAGUGCAGAUGGAAAGUGACUCGAAUUAAUUGGGAGAAAGAGGAGGACAUAUAAAGAUAUUCAAAUUCCAAGAAUCUUCCUCCUUUGAGGACUUGAGGGUGAAGAGGGACCUCUCAACAGCCACAGUGGAUUCCCCUCAUCUGAAAUCAGGGAAUAAGAUUCCCAGCUUUUGCCUGUACGUGCCAGGAGAGAACCAAUACGAAUGCACAAAACCAACAAAUCAUAAUAUAUUAACAAAUGGAUCAAUUCUGGUAUCUAAUACAAGGCCAAGGCAUUAUGAUCGACUUGUUUGAAGAAUUCAAAAGGGUACGUAGUGGUAGCAUGAGAGACUGAGUUUGAUAUGCAGAGUGGAAUUAGAUCGAGCAAGAGGACUCACAAGGACCCACAACACACAACAAGCAGCUAUUAGUAUACCAAGGACAAUAUCUCUUUUCAAGUCGCUGUGAGUACUGGAUUGGUUCCAUCAGUUCUUCUUUUUUCAAUUAAGAUUCUAUUCCAAGCUUCCCCCACCAAUUUGCUUUAUAAAGACAUACUCAGCAUACCCUUUGGUUUGUGAGAAAUGCAUUAUACAAGGAGAAAGAGAUAGCAGGCUAGCCUACGUCCUGAAAGAGAGCAAAGAACAAUUGUUAGGAAGUUCAUCACCAUCACCACCACCACCACCACCACCACCUUCAUCAUCUCACUCACCAAACUAGGAAUUUAGGCAUACAUACGGAGCAGUUACCAGGCUGCAAGUGGAUCAGAGGUAAGGUUGGUUCAAGAGAAAGAGGCAGACAUCCAGCUGAUCCAGAGUAGAGAGAAGAAUAUAAUGAUGUACCAUCAUCAUCACCACCAGCACCAGCACCAGCACCAACAGCAGGCAAAGAACAUCCAUUCCUCUUCUUCAAGCAGGAUGGCCAUCCCUCCUGAAAGGCAUCUGUUUCUGCAGCCGGAAACUUGCCCUGAAGAUUCAGGACUAGUCCUUUCAACUGAUGCCAAGCCAAGACUCAAAUGGACGCCUGAUCUCCAUGAGCGCUUCAUAGAAGCAGUAAACCAGCUGGGAGGAGCAGAGAAGGCUACUCCAAAAACAGUAAUGAAACUUAUGGGGAUUCCAGGGCUAACAUUAUACCACCUAAAGAGUCAUCUCCAGAAGUAUAGGCUCAGCAAGAAUCUGCACGUACAUGCUAAUAGUGGCACCACAAACAAAAUUGGUGCAGUUGCAGCUGCAGUGCCAGGAGAAAGAAUAUCUGAAGUAAAUGGAACUCAUAUGAACAGUAUGAACAUCGGACCACAGUCAAAUAAAGGCUUGCAUAUAAAUGAAACACUACAAAUGCAAAUUGAAGUGCAGAGAAGGCUACAUGAGCAGCUUGAGGUACAGCGACACUUACAACUUCGUAUCGAAGCUCAAGGAAAAUACCUACAGUCGGUGCUGGAGAAAGCCCAGGAGACACUAGGAAGACAGAACUUAGGUACAGUGGGACUUGAAGCUGCCAAAGUUCAACUCUCUGAACUGGUAUCCAAAGUCUCCACCCAAUGCUUGAACUCUGCAUUUACAGAGCUAAAAGAAGUACAGGGAUCGUGCCCCCAAAACCAGCCCACCGAUUGCUCUGUGGACAGCUGCCUCACCUCCUGUGAAGGAUCUAAAAAGGAUCAGGAGAUACAAAACAAUAGCAGGAUGGGGCUAAGAGCUUAUAAUAGCAGCAGGGUACUAUUGGAAUCGGAAGAGACCAUUCUACAUCUAAAAGAGAAUAACAUGUUUGUUUCCGCUCUAACCAAGAAUGCAGACCAAAGAAUGUUUCCUUCAGAAGCAAGGUCUGGUGACUUGUCUAUGAACAUCGGACUUGAACGAGAAAAAUGGAACCGUAGCAACUGCAACUCCGAGGAAAGAUUCAAAGCAAGAAACACAGAUGACAGCUUUCUAGAGCAUACAACCAACAAGGCAGAUUCAGUUAAAGUAGAUCAGACUCAGAAAGUUUCUCAAGGAUAUAGCGUGCCAUACUUUGCAGCAAAACUGGACCUAAAUUCUCAUGAUGAUAUUGAUGCUUCUUCAAGUUGCAAACAGUUUGACUUGAAUGGUUUUAGCUGGAGCUAACAGGGUUUACCUUGAGUGGAGGGGAUAAAUUGCUGCAAAAGAAUAGCAUGCUGUUCUCUUCUUCUCACAGUUGAAGCUCAAUGGAAUAAGUUGCAGGACAAAGACAGAAUGCAUUUAUAACCAACUGCAUAGCAAGUAUUUGAUAUAUAUGAAUGAGUUCCAGGAUUACAAACAGAAAUGUAUUCAUCGCAACAUCACUACUCAUUUUUCAAA